AUGCCAACGACAGAUUCGGAUAAUGAAGAUGCCAUUACAAAAGAGGAGAUUGCUGGUGAAGCUUCAGCACCACCACCAACCAAAGCCGGACUCACCAAGACCACUACAAAAAGCAAUGCAUGCAUGUCAUUAUGUUUCCCAGUCUUGGCGAUGAAUACUAAGAUAUUUUCAGUCACAGAACUCAUGAGACCAAAGCCAAAAGUCCCUGCUCAGUCGAAAACCUCAUCUUCCAAGGCAUCCACCGCAGGGCACAGCUUCAAGAACAGGGCCGGGCUAGGACUAUACACUCACGACCCUGCUGCCUUUCCUUCAAGUCGGGUCAUUUACUAUGACAAUGACUUUGUCGUGAUCAAUGACUUGUAUCCCAAAUCGGCAGUUCAUACGCUCUUGCUGCCGAGGUCACCAACGCAUAGCCAGCAGCACCCAUUCGAAGCUUUUGAGGAUGCCGAGUUCUUGGCCAAAGUCCAAGCCGAAGCCACCAAGCUGCGAAAGCUGGUAGCAAAGGAACUACAACGCCAAUUUGGAAAAUACAGCGCAGCGGACAAGCUGCGCGAAGCGGUCCUGAGCGGCCAAGUUGAACUACAAGAUGGUGAGGAUCUACCGGCUGGCCGCGACUGGGAGCGCGAGGUCAAGGUCGGCAUCCAUGCGCACCCAAGCAUGAGCGACUUGCACGUCCACGUAAUCUCGCGCGACAUGUCGUCCGACUGCAUGCGGCAUCGCAAGCACUACAACUCGUUCAAUACGCCGUUUCUCGUCGACGUGGCCGAUUUCCCACUCGCCGAGGACGACCCCCGGCGUCACCCAGGUCGCGCCGGAUACCUCAAUAGCGAUCUCGUGUGUUGGCGGUGCGGACAGAACUUUGGCAACAAGUUCAAACAGUUGAAGGAUCACUUGGCAGAGGAGUUUGAGCAAUGGAAAAGAGAAUAA